GAAGAAAAGGAGGAAGCGGAAGAAGCAGUUUUUAAGCGCUCAUUAAUUUUUCAAGUCGAUUCUUCUGAUUAUCGUUUAAUAAGACGAUGAAAAAUUAAUCUCCGAAAAACCUUAUAGCAAUGUUCAUGGCUGACGGCAUCUUUUGAGUUGUUGUGACAUUUGUGAUUAUCCGGCAGAAGUCUAACAGGCAGUGUCAGGGUGAAGAGCGGAAGUUUCCACCCUUCAUAAACGAAAGCAAGUGAAACAUGGCGAAAGACGGCCCCUUAUAUUUUUUACUUAUUUGUAGUGUUGGUUGUGUGACUGUUAAUGUCAAAACUGGAGAACAUUACACUUUCAAGGCACAACAGGAAGGACCAUUUGAAACAGUUGACUGGAAAUACAAUGGGAGUUUAGUGGUUGAUUGGGUUGUUCCCAAUGAACCUGAAUGGUUUCGAUACGAAGACCGAGCCAGUCUGAACAAGAUGACUGGAGAUUUGUCACUUACGCUGAAGAAGACAGACAGUGGGGUGUAUAAGGGUCAAUUCCAGGUGGCGGGAUUUCUAAAGUAUUUUGAACAGACGAUCAGAGUGAUCGAUCCGCUUUCUAAAGUUGAAGUGACUUGUGAGGCGAAUGGCACAGGCAUAACAUUUGCGGCUUCAGUGGUCCCUCAAGUGCCAGCAAAUAUUACAUGGACUACACCAAAUGGAGAAAUUACUGGGGAACGUAUUCAUAUCGAAAUUGAAAAAAUCCCUGAGAAAGGGUUUGUUUACUGCACUGCAAAAAAUGAAGUGGACAUAAAGACAGAAGAGUUAAACCUUGAGAACUGUACUAAAGGACCUGAACCUGGAUCUAAUAUUGGUACUAUCCUUGGCUCAAUUAUAGCGGUGGUGGUGGUUCUUGGAAUUGUUGCAGGUGUUGUUAUAUGGAUCUACAAAAAAAACAAACAGACUUAUACCAUUGGACACCUCAACAAGACUGUGUCUUCUCAUGAGCUUCAGUCUACACCUGGUGAAGCAAAUGGAUUAAAAGCAGGCGCUUCAGCUGAACUACAGCCAUGUAUGGGAAGUGACGCAGCUUCAAAGAACCAAACUGCUGAAGCAGAUAUUUCUUCAUAAUAACAGGACAAAGAAAGUGAUGGAGUAUCAUUUGAAAACAAGAUCUGUCAGCAUUCAAAGGAGGAACUGCAUGGCUGAGCUGAACUUGGUGUCCCUAUCAGCAUCUGGAAGAAUGUGUAAAACAUUAGCUUUUUUUUUUUUUUUUUUUUCCUCAAAGAGCAAUUUUUCAUAAAAUUCCAUUUUGGUAAUGGAAUACCACGCUUUAAUGUAGACUGAUGGAGAAAUUAGUUAAAAUUUUAAAAUGUACAUGUGCAGAUAUAAUGUUUUUUAAAGGGCACCAUUUUAUUCAUUUUAUGUAUUUUGUGUUUUUCUGUGAUUUAUUGUUUGUAUUUAGUCCCAAGUAACCUUGAGUUUGGAGUGGUGUGUGUGUGGUUUUUUUAAUAUUCAGUCCAAAUCCCACUAUAGUCUGAUAUAGCUUGAUGCACGCUAACAGAUUUGAUUUUUUUUUUUUUAAGACUAUGCAGUCCAUCUUCAUUAGUCAUGACUGUAUAUGGACUUUUGAUGCUCACAGAAAAAAAAAAUUGUCACACAGUCAUUGCCCUUUGCGGUGUUUUAUAGAAAGCUGAAGUGGUAAAAAAUGUGUUGAGCUUAAAGUGCAUAUUCUGGACCAAUUUCUUUUUUUUUUAUAUGAAAGAAUGUCCCUUUACACACUCAUCCAGAAGGGUAAUUUUGCACAAGACCAUCAGUCUACAGCAGAAAAAAAUUAAAUAACAAAACGCGUCUGGAAAAAUCCCAAGGGAGUUUGGAGCCAGAUUCGUGACGUUACCUGCGGAAGCACCAACAGGCUGCGCGAGCUUUGCAUGAUUUCAGUGCACAGCCUGUGUAGACCAAGCGCUCCCAUUUCUCUCUCAUUGUCCGGUCUUUUGGGAAACGAUGAGUACUAAUCCCAUCAAGACUGGUGUUGCUACACCCUCCUACGAUCCAUCUGUUAACCAUUUUAAUAAUUACGCGAUAAUGUUGAAGAAAUUUGCAGAAAACCACCAGGUCGUUUUCUCAUAAACAAACCAGCGCUGAUGUAGGAUUCAGAAGGAGGCGUCCCGCACGUGACGUCACGAAAAUCAAUGUUUCCUGGGAAAUCCAAAUGCCAAGUUUUUUCAGAGGUGGACCAAUUCGUCUCAAAUGGCUUGAUUUCAACUGAAUUUUUCUGGUAUUGUGCAAGGUAAAAAAAAAAAUUGCACAAAAUCUGACAGAUGUUUAAUAUAAAAUAGAAUUACAUUGAUCUUGCUCCUGAAUUUACCCAUGAUAUGCACUUUAAUGUACAGUCUUCACCUUCAUUUAAAUAUCUUCAGCUAAUUUGGAUUUUUUUUUUCUGAGAGAACAAGCUAAUAUUAUGUGACAUCCAGAAAGUUUUCCUUUAAUCUCUUUUAUUAAUGAUUUGAUUUUCUUUAGGUAGAAGAUGUAUAUAAAAUAUCUGCAGUGUGCAAUAUUUAUAUAUUUUUUUAAUAAAUCGGGAGAUAUCUGGCAGAAUUGUAUCUGAAAAUUUUGACUAAGUGGAGUACUAUAGAGGACUUUCACGUGACUUCACCACAACUGUUGAUUUGUUUAAGCAGCCAUGUUGCUGGACAAGCUUUGUGUUUAACAACAGUGGGCGGCAGGGUGGUGUAGUGGUUAGCACGGUCGCCUCACAGCAAGAAGGUUUUGGGUUCAAACCCAGCAGCCGGUGAGGGCCUUUCUGUGUGGAGUUUGCAUGUUCUCCCCAUGUCUGCGUGGGUUUCCUCCAGGUGUUCCGGUUUCCCCCACAGUUCAAAGACAUGCAGUUAGGUUAAUAUAGGACGGCCUUGGGCUGGGGUGCCCUUGAGCGAGGCUCCCGAUUGCUCCCCGGGCGCUGUUAGCAUGACUGCCCACUGCUCUGGGUAUGUGUGCUCAUUGCUCACGUGUGUGCGCAUGUGUAUGUUCACUGCUUCAGAUGGUUUAAAUGCAGAGAGGAAAUUUCACAAGUGUGUGAUGAAAAAAGUUGUGCUUUCUUUCUUUCAACCAGCACAAAUAUACGCGAGUGAUUGUAAGCCAGAUUCAGUGCAUCUACAGAUAAACUUAUGGAAAUUACAUCUAAAAGAACAAUGGCAGAGACCUGUUGUGCUUUUGGAUGUAAUAACAGAUGUGGAGAUAAGCCUGGUUUAACUUUUCACUGCUUCCUGGUGGACCCAGAAAGACGAGAAAAAUGGUGAGCUGCAGUUAAACGGGAGCACUAGAUGAUAAAGCAUUCCUGUGUGUUUGGAGAGCAUUUUAUAUCAGGUUAGUGUGGAAGCUGUGUUAGUGUGGAAGAAUGUGGGUUUUGGACACGAUAUAAUUUUAUUAGACCAAUGCUUGGCUCGACUAGCAGCUUGUUUAUGUACUGAUAAUGUAGAUGAUGUUAAAUACCAUAAAAUAUGCUAGAUCUAGGCCCUGGCUUGUUUAUUACUAUUAGAAGCCCACGUUUGAGCUUACCUUUUGUCAUAAUAAAGUAUUUUUCUUUCUCAGGAAUUUCCCGUAACAUUCCGGCAUGCACAAAACAUGCCUCAAAAUGUUGUUAGGCAUCUGUACUUUUGUCUGCCUUUAGCAUCUCUAGUGUAUUUAGAAGUUCUAAAGACUAAACGGUCUAGGAUGCUGUAGUAUCCCAAAUCCGGUAGCUGGUUUGUUGAACACUUUUCAAAUGAAAUAAAUACAUGUAAUAAUAAUAAUAAUAAGUUAAAUUUAUAUAGCGCCUUUCAAGAAACCCAAGGACACUUUACAAUUAUAGACAAGGAAAAAAAAUAAAAUAAAAAAAUACAUAAAUACAAAAUAAAUAAAAUAAAGUGUGUAAAUUAAGAAGCCUUUGUUUUUUUAUUUUUAUAACAUGUAAAUUCAAGCACAGUGAAAUUCCUCCUCUGUAUUUAAUCCAUCUGAAGCGGUGAACAAGCGUGCGCGCACAGAGAGCGAGCGUAGUGUGCAGAAUAAAUAAAUACAUUUGUGGGUAAAAUAUGGAUCUGUGAUGCCUGCAUGUUUCAGCUUUUUAAUGUAACACAAUCUGCUGGUAUAAAACAAAUUUUUAAUCGUUUCAGAGGGAUUGUACUGACUGCAGUUGUUUGGAUUUUCAUUACUAACUGUUGUGGCUCUUUCUUUGUUUGCCUGGCAGUAUGGCAGACGCUGCAUGAUAAUCUGUGACUGCAGUGAAAGUCCUCUAUAGCUGGGAUGUGAACUCAUUAACCAUCAGCUAGAAAUUCUCUAGUGUGUCUGUGGAUGAUUACAUAGAAUUAUCUUUAGAGGAAUCACCAAGGGUUCCACUGACAUGAGGAAUUAUGGAUGUAUUUUUCUUUGAAUGUCCCUAUUAAAAUUAGCAUACAUCGGAUGUUGGAAAAAAUUCUGUAUGAUCAUUAGGCCACUCAUUUUAUAUUAUCUGGUUGACGGAUCUGCCAAAGUGCUGAGAAAAGUGCCGCUUGAAAAAAAUUUCAACUUUAUUUAUUUUUUAUUUUUCCCCCGCCGAUCUCUUGAAAGAUGCAGAUGUGAAAAUAAUUUUAUUUAAUCUAAAUUAAACGUUAAAUCGCAUCUUUAUCAUGACCAUUUGAUACAUCACGAUACAACUUGCCAUUUUUUCGGUCACUGUAUUGACCCCACUGUAUUCGCGUCUCGUGUCUCGAGAGUUCCCAAAGCGCAUUGCGAAUAAUGGCGGCGUCCAGGAAGCGUGUUCAUGCCAUGUGAGAAGAAUCGAAUAACAAAUCACAAUGACUUCGUUCGUGAAGGUUCGUUUAAAUGGGGGACAAGCUGCAUUUAAGCAGUCUGCCGAAGGAGAAACUGUCGGCGAGUUUAUUAUGCGUGUGGCAGACUGUGCUCUGGCCGAUAUCCUGACCGUUUGAGUCGGCAACAAUGGUCAUCGAGCAGAUUCGACAUAAGCCGACCUACAGAUGUCCAUGACAGUUGUAGUGGAUGAAUUUGGCUACAAAUUUUUUACAGCGGACAUAAGGACCGAUCCAGUUGCAAUAGAUAAAAAAAAGUGACAGUUGCUCAUCAGCAUUUGAUGUCCUCAUGAAUGUGCAACGAAAGUACACAUCCUUGCCCGCAAAAAGGUAUGACGAAUGGCUGAACUUAAAUUAAUAAUAAAUAUUUAUUAGAAUCUAAUAUUUUUAUUGCAUUUUUCUUUUCUCCCCAAAAGUUUAUUUUCUGUAAAUAGUGGCUUACACCCCACACACAAGAUCGUCAUAAGCAUGCUGUACAGCCUGCUAUUAAUGAUAUUUUAUUACAGAUUAUGGAGUGGAAGCACCUCUUCUACUGUAUCUCUUGUAUUAUUUAUGUUGCACUUAGGUCAGUGCAAGCUACUCUCUGUAGUAGUGAGGGAUAAAAGACCUUAGAAGUUGUGUUCUCUUCUCCAUCAGCUGUGCAAAGUGCUUCUGACGGUAGGAUGUGAAACUAAAUGUUUCCUGAUUUGUCAGCUUGUGCUGUUACACCAUAGAUUUUUCUCCUUAGACAUUGUUCGUCCUUUUUGACCGCUAUAAAUUUUGCAAGUAAUUCUAAAUUUGGAACUGUUCUUUUUUUGUGUGUGUUCAAAAUAGUCACUUAAAACUGCUUUGUGGUUGAGCAUGUAAACAUAAAUUACUCUGUGUAUUGUUAAGUGUAAUUGAAAAGUAAUAAAAUUUAUCUUCACGUUCCAGUUACACACACCCA